AUGGCCCAGUCUCCAGCACUGCGGACGGAGUAUUUGGUAACAGGGAUGCGGACCCCACCUGCCAGGAGGAACAGUAAGCUUGCAACACUGGGGAGGAUCUUCAAACCUUGGAAAUGGAGGAAAAAGAAAAGUGAAAAGCUAAAACAGUCCUCUGCAGGAAUUGUCUCCACUCCCAAGAAGAUCACCUCCCGGCAGACCCGUGAUGACAUCAUUAAGAAGGGAAUUUUAGAGAUUAUGGAAAAAGACCUUGACCCUAAGGACUGUCCAGUAGAAGAUGUCACAAGAGAGUCCUUUGGAGACCCAACAAUGCCUCUAAGCCAGUCACCUCCCACUGAAGAAACACUUCCAGAAACAUCUGCAGCAGCUGCAGUGAAUGUCAGCUCUCUGGACGAGGAUCAGCAGACAGACACAGGGGAAGAUCAAGAAGGUAAAGCUCAGUUGGCCUUGGAGGAAGAUCUGAAAGACUCAGUGGAGAAAACUUUACAAGCCUUAUUGCUCACCGAACCUGUAGAAUCUCCUUCACCAGAGAGAAGUAGGACUCUCAUCAGUAGUCCACCGCUACUUCCUAUGCCGCAGCCAAAGGCAUCUUCAUGGGUGAAUCAGUGUUUGACAGACAUUGAAUUCGAAGACAUGACCUCCCCUCCCUCCAGGAUCAUGAAGAACUCCACUCCUGUCGGCUGCUCCCAUAUCUCAGGACACAGCAAUCUCUUCCAGACAUCCAGCCAGAAACCCCCAGAAAGUAGCAGUCAAGUUGUGAAGCAUUCCACCCCAACUGGAUCUCCUCAUCUGCCUGCCAUGCAUAUGCCUUUACCCCCCAGCCGAGUCAUUGAGGAGCUCCACCGGGCCCUCGCUACAAAACAUCGGCAAGACAGCUUUCAUAGUCGAGAAGUAAAAUCUUCUCCGAAGAAGAGGAUUGAUUUCCGAACAUCACGGCCCUCUAGUCUAGAUAAGGGCAGAGAAGGGGUCUCUAAUUCUAAUGGCGGCGACUCUGUGAAUAAAUGUGGCUCUGUGAAGGAAGCCGAGGAAAACAAAGAAAACUUGAUCAGGGAUUCCAGCCAUAAAGACGACAUGCUGUUAUAUGAAGAUGAGGACGAACUCAACAACUCAGUUAUAUCUGGAACUUUGCCAAGAAAAUACAAGAAGGAGCUGCUGGCAGUCAAACUGCGGAACCGGCCCAGCAAGCAGGAGCUAGAGGACAGGAACAUCUUCCCCCAGAGAACCGAUGAGGAGAGGCAACAAAUACGACAGCAAAUCGAAAUCAAACUUUCAAAGCGACUGAGCCAAAGACCAGCUGUAGAAGAACUGGAGAGAAGGAAUAUACUGAAGCAAAGAAACGAUCAGAUAGAACAAGAAGAAAGAAGAGAAAUCAAACAAAGGUUAACCAGAAAGCUCAAUCAGCGUCCGACAGUAGAUGAACUGAGAGAGAGAAAAAUUCUGAUACGAUUUAGUGACUAUGUGGAGGUGGCAAAAGCUCAGGAUUAUGAUAGGCGAGCAGACAAGCCCUGGACGAGAUUAUCUGCAGCAGACAAGGCUGCCAUUCGAAAAGAACUUAAUGAAUAUAAAAGCAAUGAGAUGGAAGUGCACGUCUCAAGCAAACACUUGACCAGGUAUGUGUGCAGAAUAUACAGUUGUCCAAGGGUGGAGCUGGAAAUGUGUGCCUGUAUCACAGACCGUAAACACUUUCAUGCUGGAAGUAUGGUAUUACUUUGCAGUUAA